AUGUCUGGUGGAGUUACGGUUCCUUCAGUGAGCCAUGGCCAAGCUUUUGCACUCGAGUUCAUCGUCACUUUAAUUCUUAUGUUUACUAUAACUGCCGUUGCCACUGAUACCCGUGCGGUAGGGGAGAUGGCAGGUGUAGCAAUUGGUGCUACAGUAUUGCUCGACAUUCUUGUGGCAGGCAGGCCAACAACUGGGGGUUCAAUGAAUCCUAUCCGGACUUUGGGUCCGGCUAUUGCUGCAGGAAAUUAUAAGGGAUUGUGGAUCUAUUUGGUUGCACCCACAUUUGGCGCCUUAGCUGGAGCUGCUGCCUACACAACUGUGAAGCUCCCAGACAAUAAACCUCCAAACCAGAAUUUAGGAGGUGUGAGUGAUGUUGCUCUGAUACCGUUGUUGGUUUAUGUGUUGAAGGAGUUUAGAACAAUAGGACAAUAG